CUCAACCCCCCAUGCCGCAGGUAGCUUGGUAUGAAAUAUUGUAUAAUAAGAAUAAGUCUAAUCUCUUUCUGUUUCUCUUCCCUUUCUCUUCUUCUCAAUAUAAUUUUUCUCUCUUUCUUUUUUGUAUUGUUCUCUUGUCGCGCAAGAAAGCGUUUGACUUCACUUCUUUACCAUCUCUGAAGCUAUCAAUAAUCGCAGGUCGAUAAAAUGGCAGUAAGACCAGGGGAAGAUCUCGCAGCUACUUUGUUCGCAGAUAUACAUUAUUACUAUGGUCCACCAACAGUCAAACCUCCUCAUCACAGAUUUGAUAAAGGUUCAUAUGUCUAUCUUUUCGAAAAUGCAGGACAGAGAAGAGCUCGACUUGAAAUAGCUAACAAUGCCGGUACUCCGGAUCAAGAUGCUUUCACUGGUCAUCUUGAUUCUGCUCAUGUCAAAUAUUCCUAUAAGCAUACCACAUUGGUCACUCUGACUAUAGAUGGACCAAAUGGACAGCAAAGAAAUAGUCCAAUUGGUGCCCAAGAAUGGCAUUUGCCAACUUUUGAUCCUCGAAACGAGACCAAGUACAUGUACAGACUUCACACUAUUGAUCUCUACUUCUGGAAUAAAGAAGAUGCACUUAAUUUUGUGAAUGGAGUGCGGAGAGUUCUACCUCAGCAUCAAAUUACGAUUGAGGAUGAGCCAGCACCACCACCAUCUCACGCAGACGAUAUGAGUCCAAUAGUUCAGCAAUUGGAAAACGUAGCUAUCUUGGACCCUUCAUAUCAUCAUGGUAGAACCAAGACAUCUCGAACUUCUCCUCCAGCUGCUAUUAAUGUUUCAUUUCCUGGGCCGCCAAAUCCCCCCAGCCAACCAUCACAAGCUCCUGCUACUUUUGCACCAAUGGCAUAUAAUCCAGCUGCACCAGCUGCUCCCGAAGCUAUUCAGCAUCGAGAAAAGACACCUCCGCCAGAAGAUGGAGCGGGAAAUCCACUUGUUCACGCUGCAACUUCUGAUCAUGGACAAUUCUCUCCACCUUCACAAUUUCAGCAACAUUCAAGCUUUUCCACACCUGCUCCACCACCACAAUUCCAAAGACAGCAAACUUUCCCUAUGAUGUCUCCACCUCACCAGCCGGCGCACGGACAAGGAAGCUUCUCUGGAGCAACCCCACCACAACAUACCAAUACCCCUCCGAAUUCCAACUAUUUCUCCGGCUCCGUUCAACCUACAUCCGGACUUCGCUCUCCAUUUUCUCAACAGUUCGCAACCCAACCCCCUUCAUUCGCACCUCCACCCGCUGCAAACUCGCCAAACACAUUCGCACCACCCCCUACCGACAGCACUCCACCCCUCCCAACUCCUACUGGCCCCGCUCCUCCCGCCUACUCCUCUCCCCCUAUCUCCCCCAAUCAACCCACAACCCAAUACGCAACCUUCCCCUCCACUCCCUCUUACGCAACACAUAACCUACCCACCCCCGGUCUCUUUUCUCCCGGUUUCGCCCCCCAACAUCAAAAUCCUCCUCUUUCCUCUCCAGCCCCCGGUCUCCAACCUCUCUCCCCUCCAGGAGGCUUCGCAAACUACACUUAUACUGGCGCGCAAACUAGUGCUGGUCAACCAUUGAUGACAGCCAAUGAUUACAGCAUCCACCAACAAGUCUACAGACCCACAGAAAUCGAAGCGAAGCUUAAAAGAAAGGGAAGCGGAAAGGGGAAGAAGAGCGACGACAAGAAAGAUGGAAAGGAUAAAGGACCAAGAGGUCGAUUGGAAGAUAACGCAGGGAGGUUGGAGAAGGGCGUUACGGGAAUUUUGAAAAAGUUCGAGAAGAAGUAUGGUUAGGCGUGGAGUUGUGAUGGGAGGAGAUGGGAUAAGAGGGAUGGUGAAUCAAUAGAUUGAAACAUACUCAAAUGCCGAUGGAUCGCGAUUCGAGAAGAUUAGUUCAAAGUCGAGGUGUUGUCAACAUACGAGUCUACGGGAAAUCGAUAUCGGAUCGUGAGAUUUGAAUUGAGAUUUACGGCUUUGGACGAGAAUGGAGGGAUUUGCAAUCAAUCUGGCAUUCAAUCAAUCAGUCAUUCGAUUCGGUAAAUGAAAAGAACAAAUACGGGGAUCAAAAGAGAAGUAAGAGAGGGGAGAAGGAAAGAAAUUGGGAAGAUUAAUAUCGUAUGUAAUAUCAUAAUAUCAUAGUGAAGUAAAGUAAAAUUGUUAUUUUUCAUAUAAAAAUUGUUGAUACCCCCCC